AUGAAGACAGCCAAGUACCGAUCCCCGAAAGGCAAGCCUCAAGUGGAUCCAUUGACGAUUGAUGCAUGUGAUUGGGUGGUUGUGAAUGGCUGUGGUUACAACCAGGGCAACGGAGAUUGGCAGCUCUUCCUCAAGAAGCAGGUAUGGCUAAUGCGAGUCUGCCAGCGGAAGACCGCCUCGACGAUCGCAUCCGAGUUUGAGGACCAGGGAGAGCAGAUAGACAUUGAGACGGUGGAGGCGUACUGCUCGGAGGUCGAAGUUCUCCGAGCCAGCCAGGGUAUGCACUGGACGUGGUUCCAAGAGGAGCUCGUGGCCGGACGCUACGACGCACAGCUCUCCGGCGAGGCCUCUGGUGGGCACAGCCUUGAGAACGUGCUGCUACCGCCUUCAGCAGAUAUCACGCCAGCUGCCAACCAAAGUGCAGAUGCCUCUGUCGGCAAAGUUUGCAGAAAUCGGCGCUCGCCAAACUCCAGUGCGAGGUCUACUCCGAAGAUGCAGUCAAAGCUAUCGCCACACAGUGGACCCAAAUCUCCGCAGGUGGAGAGGAAGGCUGCGAUCCCUCAGGAGGUGUGGAUGGCUGCUGAGAAGCAUCGCAAGUCAAACUUCUUCGGGCCAGCCUUGCUGCAUUCCUCAGAGACAUCGGGAGCCCUCUUUGUCCUCCUUGCCUUCAUGGAGGUCUCCGAGGUGCUGAGCCUGGCGUUAGCGUCAGCAGCCUUCUUGGCAUCGCUGCUCCAACAGGACAGCAUGGAAGUGGACCACCCAGGCUUGCCGAAGGAGAAACUUUGGCGACUGCUAGGAUCGCGUGGCACGUGUCCAGGCUUCACCAACGACUCCUUUGUUGCCUUCGCUAGUGAUCCGGCAUUUCGCUUCCAUAUCUGGGCACGCCAGCAGAGAUUCUUUGACCGACUUCUUCGUGGUCUGACAAAGACGGCGGUGACGCUUCCAAGCGUGCAGGAUCUUGGAGGUCCUGGCACAACGUUGGGACCCUUCCUUCCGCCCUCGGCAUCAUCCGCCGGCUGCACGAGGCUGGUGGUCUGCGACGGAAAGCAGACGUGCAGAGUGGUGGACGUGGGGCGGCUCCGUGAGGAGCAGGUAGAAAUUGACCGCUACUGCUCCAAGAGGCUGCUACGGUCCUCCGUAGGUGCGCAUCCACUUGCCGUCACCACCUCGUGGCCUCUGAACGAGGUGCCACACUGCUGUGCGGCAGGGGGAAUCGUUGCUUCCCGGCCGGCCCCAGGAACAGGUGUGCUCCCUCGCAGCUCGGUCACGCUGCAGUGGUUGGAGCUCCCGGAGUUCGACGGCUCCUUUGGAUUGCAACGGAAUGACGCGGGAGAUGAGAAGGUCGAGGCCGAGGCGUCUUGCUUCAGCCCUGCAUUGAAGCCUCGCUCGCCGACACUGGCAUCCGCCAAGACAUCUCCGGUUCUUUGCCGACAGAAGUCACCCACCAUGAAGGCCGCUGCCUCUCCGGUGAGCGCUGCGCUUCAGAAUGAUGCGGUCCCCACAAGAACAUCAGUUCUGCAGGAGCAGCUUCUUGCGGCCUUGUCAGACGUUUGCGAGUCCGCUCCCGGCUGCCUUGUCGUCGAGGGCGCAUGGCCGCUCCAUGGCCGCCAGGUGCUGCUGACAGUCCGUGAAGUCAUCGCAUCCAGCCCAUCAACAGGCCCUUUGAAGAGCCCAUCCUUUCGAGCCAGCACCUCGCCCAAGGGCCUGCUGGCGGAAGCGAUGCGAGGAGCACCGCUGGCCCCGCUGGAACUCCCCCCGCAGGCCGCUGCCGCGGCUGCCCAACUUCCCAAAGCUGAGGAUCAGGCAUGCCAGGGAGUUCGACGCUGGUUGCAGGUUUGGGAUCUAGCGGAGGCGCCUUGCAAGGAAGUGGCGCUAGAGCCGCGUGCUUGCAUGGCGGUGGGUUCACAGGUGACUUGCAUCGAUACUCUCAAACUUCCAUGUGCGAAUGGAGGUGCGGCGCCGCUCCUCCUGUAUGGGUCACGCUGUGGCACCGUCUGCCUUCAAAGCUUAGAGCAGGUGCCGGAGAGCCGCGCCUCCUGGGCCGUGGAGGCCAACUUCGGGACCCUCGUGGAGGUCUUGCUCCGUCCAGGCAGCCAGAAGGAGUCCGCGACCGAUGUCCUAGUGGUGGUAGCACAGGAGCAUGGGCUCUUCUUGGGACAUACCGAUGCUGCCAAGCGGACUCCGUCUGUUGGCACAUUGACCAGAGCGCUUCCUGACAAGGAAGUCGCCGCCAGCCUGAACGUGGCAUCCCUGCAACCUGUUGGAGCCUGCGGCUUCGCUGUUUGCAGCCCCAAGCACGUGUACGCCUUCCAGGCUCUGGCUGGCACUGCAGCGCUGGUGGUGGUUGUCGAGCUUCCGGGGAUUCCUGUUCGUCACUUCUACGCGACACCGUAUGAGUUCUUCGCGGUACUCGCGGGGGAGGGCUCCCACAAACGACGAACAGUCUGCUGCCUCUGGCCUACGGUGGGAGAAUCCAAGGCGACGCGUGCUUGCGCAUCUGCAGUGAACCUGUACGCCCGAGUACGAGGAUCGGAAACGGCGGAGCUGAUCGAGACCACGGCCGUGGCCAUGGAUCUCUCGAAGGUGCUGCUGCACGGUGCCGGCAUCGACACAAUGGCCUUGAACGCCUCUUCGGGCCAAGGGUCUGGGCUGCUGGCAGUCUCCUCGGUGGGCUCGGGCAUCUCUGUCUUCCGCUGGGGAAUGGAGGUCAGCCCGGAUCUGGAGAGGAUUCGAGAACUUCGGGAGGAGUGUGCAGCGCAACAGGCGCACGAGCACCACCUGGAGACUCUGCGGCGUCAGCUCCAGCGGCUGCAGCAGCGUCUGCAGGAGACGGAGAGGCUGGAAGAGAAAGCCCAGACAAAGGGGAACGAGGCCUUGACCGAGGAAGAGAAGGCCAAGAUCCAGCGGCGCGGGCAGGUAGAAGCAGACAUCGAGCGCGUCACACAUGAGCUCGGCAUGGACACCGGCUCCCAGGAGGAGGAUGAAGCAGAUCCUCAGGAGGAGCGGGAUCAGGAAAUAGCUCGUCACAGACGAGAGAAGGAGCGCAUCCAGAGGAGGCACCACGAAGACAAGCGUGCGAUGCAGAAGGAGCGGCGACAAAAUCGUGAAAGGAAGUUCUCCGAGUGA